AUGGGGAGAGGUUUUCUAGGGCCGGUGUGCUGUUGCUAUCGAGCGCAGGUGAAGGAGCUGGUGGACGAGCCGGCGCUGACGCCGGUCGCGGCGAGCGGCGGCGGCCCCGUGGCGGCGGUGCGCGCCGCGCUGGGCCAGAUGGCGCCGCUGGUGCGCAUGCCGCUGCUGCCCAAGGCCAUCCUCGUCUUCUCCAUCCAGACGGGCGGCCUCUUCGGGAUGAACACUUUGCGGCUGUGGAUGCCGCAGCUGUUCGCAACGAUGGAGGAGGCGUUGGUGUCGGGGGGCGGGCGCGAGGCGCAGGCCGCGGCGUCGCUCUGUGACAUCUAUUUUGUAGCUGCGGUAGCUGGAUUUGCAGUGUUCUGGGCUCGCUCUCCAGAUCUUGUUCUGGCGCUCCUGGCCGUAUACUUGGGAUUCUGUGGUAUAAGUUCAACCGCCAUACUGGGUGUUGUGGUGGAUGUGUUUCCCACAGCCCUGCGGACGACAAUGGUUGCUCUGUGUAUGAUGUUCGGGCGGAUGGGUUCCAUGGCCGGCAAUGUGGUGUUUCCUAUCAUUCUUGACCUCAGUUGUCCAGCACCCUUUUUCAUGCUUCCAGCAGCUAUCUUCACUUGCAAGCCUGAAUCAAUGAUUGAAAAACACAUUAAAAUGUAAAUAGAAGAAUCAUUUGUUUCAUUAUGAAAUUGUCAUUCCUGACAACUUCAAUGUCUCCCCUGCUUUUAUCACAAAUCAAGAUUUAUUGUGAUUUUAUUUUCUCUUUUUCUAAAAUGUAAACAAUUUAUUUAUUUUUUAAUAAAAUCUUGAAACAAGGUUUAUUGACACAUGAA